GCUUUAAAUGCUUUCGACUGCUAUUUGAUUGGAAAACAAACGUUUGAUAACAAGGAGUACUUGAAUGCAAAGCAAUGGCUAACAGAAGCGAUCGAUAGAUUGGAUGACAUGACCAGCGAUGAGAUAAUUGCAGACAUUUUCAAUUACCUAUCGUUUUGUGAACUGAAAAUUGGAAAACCAAGUGAAUCUCAAAAAUAUAAAAGAUUGUCGGCCGCUAUAAAGCCAGAUAUCGAGAGAAAUGAGUUGAUAUCGGAGAUCAAAAUGUUUAACGACACGAAUACCACUUCUUAUGAUCUUGAUAAACCUAUUUUUGAUUUAACAACAAAUGGAUAUGAAUUAUGUCGAAAAAAAAGUCUUUUGAAUGACUCGAUUGUCUCGAAACUCAAGUGUUUUCACUUAAACACAACGAAAACACCGUUUUUACGGUUGACUCGCAUUAAAGUGGAAGAGAUGUACAAAAGUCCGAAAAUUGUUGUAAUCCAUGACUUUCUGUCGGAAUGCGAGACACAAACCAUCAUCUCUUUGGCUCAGCCAUCAUUAGACAAGUUAUUCGCGUAUGGAUUUGGUCCUCAAAUAGAUUUCAAUAUAAGACUGGCGAGGGGUAGCCUUGUUUAUGACAGACAACACAAAGUCGUGCACACAAUCAGCCGACGUAUCGGUGCCAUCACUGGCCUUAACAUGGAUUUUGCCGAACCGUACAAAGCUAUGAAGUAUAGUGUCGGCGGAUAUUUUUCCGACCAUUACGACCCGGGUGACCACCAACGAAACGCGUCAAUCAUCGAACGGAAACGUAUGGUCACUUGGAUCAACUACCUGAGCGACGUGGGCGCCGGUGGGGCCACUGUAUUCCCACUCAUCAAUGUGACCGUUUGGCCCGCAAAAUACUCGGCACUAUUUUGGCACAAUCUGCACAAAUCAGGUCAACUCGAUAGGCAGACACUGCACGCCGGGUGUCCUGUACUCGUGGGACAUAAAUGGAUUGCCAACAAAUGGAUCCCAUCGAUGGGACAGGAGUUUAUCAAACCGUGCGAUCCAUACGAUCGACAUUCACGACUUGAGCUCCGGCUGAUCGUUGGUGGGCCGCCCCGCGAAGUGCAGCACCUCAUGAGCACCGGCUGUCCGUUUUCUUACGCACUGACGUCCGCGAGUACCAUUCCCUGGAGUAGACCGAUGGCGGGGCAACCGGGGAGUCCGGGU